GGCAAAAAAUUAUGCACUCUAAUUGAUCUAAGAUUGGAACAACAUCGAGCUGCUGGUCAACCUGGACAUGAGCUUCACUCAGCAGAAAAGAUAUUACAAAUUAAUGUUAAAAAUUCAGAACAGAAGGAAAAUAGGAAUUUGAAAUCCUAUGACGAUGAAGCCUUAAUGGGAAGGCCUUGUUCUAGCAAGAACGAAGGGAUCGCUUUGGUUAAUAAAUGUUCAAUCAACAAAAGCACUAAUGUCUCCUCUAAAAAAGUGCAGAUUGAGUCGGCUACUCUCGUCAGACCCUCCAAAUUCAGUCUAAUACCCAGAAGUUUUAAUAUUAUUUUGCUGAUUGACACUCAAGAAGUAAAAGGGAAAGUUAAAGACGACGUAGUAUCACAAUUGACUCGUGAAAAAAUCAAUUUUGAGAUUCGUCAUCUGCACGUGGGGGACUUCCUUUGGAUCGCACAAUGCCGCAGGACUCGUCAAGAAUUAGUUCUUCCAUACAUCAUUGAACGCAAGCGAAUUGAUGAUUUCGCUGCGAGUAUGAAGGAUGGAAGGUAUGGCGAGCAAAAGUUCAGGCUGAAAAAGAGUGGAAUUCCCAAUAUUGUUUACAUGAUUGAGCAACUGCCGCAUGGUACGACGAAUAAUUCCAUACCAGAGGCUAAUAUACUGCAGGCAGCAGUGAAUUCAAUUAUUCACCAUGGAUUCUUCGUGAAGGACACCAGUAGUCAUCGAGAUUCCUUGCUGUACCUGGCGACAUUCACGAAAAAUCUUGUCGAGCUAUUCAAGGAUAAAUUGUUAAUCCAGUGUGAUAAGAAUAGUCUUCCCGAUAAAAUCAACUUCGAUGCUGAGGAAAUCUCUCUCAUGGAUUUCAAACAGUUCAAUGAGUCUUCUAUGAAACUUAGAGCGCUCGAUGUCCAGCAGAUGUUCAUGAAACAACUCCUCCCGAUAAGAGGACUCGCCCCAGAGGGAAUUUUGACAAUCCUUCAGUAUUAUAAGUCUCCCAUGGCCUUGAAGAAAGCCCUGGAUGAUGCAGGACCUGGAGCAGUGGCACUUCUGACAUCUUUGCAGUCUGUUAGAACCAAGCGGAGGUUGGGACCAAUUCUCGCCAAGAAAAUAUAUCAAUUCUACACUCAGGGAUUCCUUCGAUGAAUGAACAUAAUACUCCUAUAUUAUCUGUUAACUCAUUAUAAUAAUCUGCAUUAAAUAUUAUAUUUUUAUUUUA